AUGCCUGGUAGACCCAAGAAGAAAAAGAACAAGGAGGUUGGGGAACAAGCGAGAAACGAGACACAACUCAAAAGGGAAAAAUUUGGUAUCAAAUACAGUAGGUGCCAUAAGGAUGGUUGCAACAAGGCCACUUGCGAGCUACCUACAACUGUUGUGACUUUAACUCUGGAAACCCCAAUCCAACCACAACCAGCUGCUACCUCAAGCCAACCAACACUAGAUGGAGCUUCAACUCAGCAACCACCCAAAAAGAAAAGAAAACUUCAAAAGGGUCUAAAACCAGUUCAGAGCCAACCCUAA